AUGAAGGAAGGCGGCACGCCCCUCUACGCCACGCCCGCCCUCGGCGACGUCGUCACCGACUACGCCCGCGCGCACUCGUCGGCGCUGCCCCGCCACAUCGUCGACUACCACGCCGACGCGUCGGGCAAGCGCGACGACUCGGAGAUGCUGAGCUCCAACUUUCAGUCGCAGCUGCAGCUGCUGCUGGCCAACUCGAUUGGCGCCAAGCAAAUCCUCGAGAUUGGCGUCUAUGUCGGCUACUCCGCCAUGGUGUGGUCCCACGCCGUCGGCCCGGACGGCACCGUCACCGGCCUCGAGUUCGACCCGGAGCUGGCCAAGAUUGCCGGCGACGCCCUCGCCGCCCACGACAUCACCAACGUCAACAUUGUCGUUGGCAACGCCGCCGAGACCCUGCCCAAGCUCCCCGCGCCCCCGGGCUCCUACGACCUCGUCUUCCUCGACGCCGACAAGACGGGCUACUCCAACUACCUCUCCGUGCUGCUCGCGCGCUCCAAGCCCACGGCCCCGCCCGCCGAGCGCCUGCUCCGCCCCGGCGCGCUCAUCAUCGCCGACAACGUCCUCCGCCGCGGGCACGUCGCCGACCCGAGCCUCGGCGCGCCGCCCUCGGCCCGCAACAGGGACGCCUGGGACGAGCACAUCGCCGCCGUGCGCAGGUUCAACGACGAGUGCGUCGCCGAGCCGCGCCUCGAGACGGUGCUGCUGCCGCUGUGGGAUGGCGUGAGCAUCAUGCGCCUGCGUGAUUGA